AGGGAUUCGCUUGUGGGCGAAGUACAAUCUGCGCGUGCGCGUUUGCUUCUAGAUACUUUGCGGAUCUCAUAACAUUCGCCUGAUUUAUAUUCUGUGAAGUGUGAAAGUUUAGUGAGGAUCGAUCUUCCGAAAGUUGCAGUCAUGGUUUGCAUCCCUUGUAUUGUCAUCCCUGUUCUGUUGUGGGUCUACAAGAGGUUCCUUGAGCCCAUCCUUUAUCCCUUCAUUUCCCCAUUUAUCAAUACAUUCUGGACCAAAGAAGCAGUGCAAGAGUCUGGGACCGGUGACCCAAUUGUUAGUGAAAAGUGCAACGGGACUUCCAAGGUGCUUGAGCACAACGGAGAAGCCACUGUCAAUGGAUCAACUUUACUGGCAGAUAAGAAGACAGACUGAUCAUUCUCUACAAUUGCUUUCCAUCUAUAAGACUGUAAAUAUUACCUGAUGUCGUUGCAAAGUGGAACGUUUCAGACAACACUGAUUUUGUCUUAAUUUUGUCAGAAUAUUGUUAAAUAUUUUAACUUGUAAACCAUUAUUAUAUGUACCAUGCUGAAUAGAAAAAUAAUUUUAAGUCGAACAUGUUUAAUCAUGAAGGAAAUAAAUUUACAGCUUAUAUCCAUCCAUCCAUUUUCUAUACCGCUUUUCCUCUUUAGGGUCGCACGGGCAUGCUGGAGCCUAUCGGGCAACAGUCAGGGUACACCCUGGACUGGUGGCCAGCCAAUCGCAGGGCACAUAUAGACAACCAUUCACACUCACACCUAUAGACAAUUUAGAGUCGCCAAUUAACCUAACAUGCAUGUUUUUGGAUGUGGAAGGAAACUGGAGUACCUGGAGAAAACCCCCACACACACAGGGAGAACAUGGAAACUCCACACAGAAAUGCCCAAGGGAAAUUCAAACCCAGGUCUUCCCGAUCGCCAGACUGUUACUGUGUUGGCCAACAUGCUAACCACUAGACCACCGUGCGGCCCCAGUUUAUAUUUAAUGUCUAUUUAUUCGAGUCGUUGGUGUGUGAGAAGCAUAACAAUGUCCUUGUGACUGAGCUUCACAUAACACGCAGGUCUCAUGUCUGUGCAGCUGACAAUAGAGGAGGACAAGAUGUUGCUCCAACAGAGCAACAGGUAGGCAACUGUCUGCAGUCUGAGGGUGUGGAUCUGGAUAUCAACAAGAUUGAUUCAUGCAUACCAAUGUCUGGCAGGAAUAACACCACACCGGUCAUCAUCACAAAGUUCACCAACAGUUUCGCUUACGCGAGGUCAGGUCGUGAGGGCAGCAGCCUAAGCAGGGAAGCCCAGACUUCCCUCUCCCCGGCUAAUUCUUCCAGCUCCUCCAGGCGGAUCCUGAGGCGUUCCCAGGCCAGUUGAGAGACAUUGUCUCCCAACGUGUCCUGGGUCUUCCCCGAGGCCUUCUACCCAUGGGACAGCCUCGUAACGGUUGGACGUGCUCCGAACACCUCCCCAGGGAGACGUCUGGGACUUCAUCUGCCUCCUCUCAAUGCAGAGGAGCGGCGGUUCUACUCCGAGUUUCUCCCGGAUAACAGUGCUCCGUCUCACCUUAACUCUAAGGGAGAGCACAGCCACCCUACGGAGGAAGGUUAUUUCGGCCACUUGUACCCACCGUUUUGGACAUUU